AUGGCUGACACAACAACCGUGGACGUCCCCAAGGUGGACACCACUCCGGCCGCCGAGGAAAAGAAGGCCGACGCGCCAUCUGAGACAGCCACGGCUGAGGAGCGCGCGCAGAAGGACCAGGCCGCGCCUGUUGAGGCCACGGCUGAACCUGAGCCACCGGCUCAAGCCACCGCCACCGAGGAGAAAGCCGCUACCGCUGCAGAUCCUCCCAAGGAGGAGGCUGCAGCUGGUACCGAGUCUGCCGCUCCCGCUGCCCCGGCUGCUGAGACUAAGGCGGAGGAAGCUAAGCCUGCCGAGGAGAAGAAAGACGCAACCAAGGCCGAUGGGGAGGCCGAGUCCAAGCCAGCCGCGGAUGAGAAGCCAGCCGCUGAUGAGGCUCCAGCGGCCACAGAGAAGGGUGCAGCUGCCGUGGCCAAGGAGGCCACACCCAAGAAGACUGCCUUCGAGGAGUUUGACGCUAAGGUGGCGGACAUCCUCAAGGAGAUCGAUCACGAUGAGAUCUGGGGCGUGAAGCUUGUAACACCCGCCUCGUCGCAUGUCCCCACUCAGAUUGUCAUUCAGAAGUUUCUCAACGCCAACGAUGGCGACUUGGCGAAGUCGAUUGACCAAUUCAAGGGUGCACUCAAAUUCCGGAAGGAGAAGAAGCCCCUUGAGCUGAUCAAGAAGGCUUUCAGCGCCGAGAAGUUCGCCGAUCUUGGUGCCGUCACUGUCUACCCUGUCAAAGACAGCACUGUACCCGAGGUGUUCACUUGGAACCUGUACGGCAAUGUGAAGGGCAAGAUGGAUGAGGUGUUCACACCACUGGAUGAGUUCAUGGACUACCGAAUUGCCCUGCAGGAGCUCGGCAUCCAGCAGCUCAAGCUAUCUGAGGCUACUGAGCCCAUCACCGCUGAGAAGGAUCCUUACAAAAUUAUGCAGGUGCAUGAUUACAAGAGCAUCUCCUUCCUUCGCCAGCCUCCCGCCGUGAAGGCUGCCAGCACUGAGGUCAUCAAGAAAUUUGCUCUGGCGUAUCCUGAGCUGCUGAAGGCAAGCAUGACUAUCAUCCCAUGCCAUUCCGAGAAGUUUUUCGUCAACGUCCCUGCAAUUAUGGGGUGGAUGUACGCGCUGAUCAAGGUGUUCAUCGCCGAGAAGACAGCCAAGAAGUUCCACCCCAUGGCCAACGGCGCUAACCUGGCUGCUGAGUUCAAGAACAGCGGGCUAGACGAGAAGCAGCUGCCCAAAGAGUACGGUGGCGAGGGAGGUUCUGGUGAUGGGAAGAUGAAGGACAUCCCAUGUUUGGUCAACGAGCUGAAGUUCGAGUAA